UGUCCCUCGAAGACAGCGGAGCCAGAGGAGAGGUUGUGCGCAUACAGCUGCCGGGAAGCAGUGCCUGUCAGAUCAACCGGGGUUUCUCGGAUCCCAGGACUGUGUGGACACCUGCAUAAUUAUCAACAUGGCGGGUGACCAGUGCCUUUCAGAGAAAGGUGCCUCUCCGACCCCAAAUCAUAAUCUGCGACUGUGACCUCUGACCUGGGUGUGGCCACAAUGGGCUGUGGCACUUCCACCUCAACAGAGACCAACAAGAGGCCAGGGCCAGGAAUUGCCAAGAGCCCCAGCCCUGCACUAACCAUGAAGGCAGCCAUCUUGAUCCAGCGCUGGUACCGACGUUACAUUGCUCGUCUGGAGAUGAGGCGGCGCUACACCUGGAACAUCUUCCAGUCCAUAGAGUAUGCGGGAGAGCAGGACCAGCUACAGCUCUCCAGCUUCUUCAGCUUCAUGCUGGACAACUUCACCCAGCUGAACGCCAACGGUCCAGACCUGAUCUCCCACUUGCUGGGCCCUGUGGCGGACCCAUGGUACCAGAGAGAGAGGCAGAGCAGCUACGAGCAGAUGACUGUUCUGGAAUCCUACAUCGGGCCCCACCUCUCCUUCCCCCUCAGGGUGGAACACACCAACGCUCUGCUCAGCGCCUUCAAGGACCAGCAGAUCCUCCAUGCCAGGUAUUUUCUACAGCUACUUCAUGAAACCAGGAAGUUCCUGAAGCAGAUGCCCAAUGUCAUCCACCUGUCUACCUCCUAUACCAGGGAGAUAACCAUCUGCGGGGAUCUUCAUGGGAGACUCGACGACCUCCUCCUCAUCUUCUACAAGAACGGCCUGCCCUCGUCCGAGACGCCGUACGUGUUCAACGGCGACUUUGUGGAUCGAGGGAAGAAGAGUGUGGAGGUGCUGGUCCUCCUCUUCUCCUACAUGCUCCUCUACCCCGACCACAUGCACCUGAACCGGGGCAACCACGAGGACCACAUCAUGAACCUGCGAUAUGGGUUCACUAAGGAGGUCAUGCAGAAGUACAAGAGCCACGGCUCAGAGAUCCUGCAGCUGCUCCAAGAUAUCUUUAGCCUGCUGCCCAUCGCCACAGUGAUAGACAACAAGGUUCUGAUCGUGCACGGUGGGAUAUCGGACACGACUGACCUGGACUUCCUCAGAACUAUUGAGAGACACAAGGUCAAAUCAGCGCUCAGGCUUCCCAGACGUAGUCUGGACCAACUGGACGUGAGCCGGAGAAGCAGACAGGCCAGCAGACAGGCCAGCAGACAGGCAGGCCGACAGGCAGGCAGCCCGCGGUCACACAAUCGCCGCGGCCACAGCAGGAGCCCCUCCCAAGGCAAGAGACGCUGUCACGUGACCAGACAAGGAAGUGCCUCCUCGUCCUCGUCCUCUUCCUCGUCCUCCCUCUGCGCUCCGCUGAGCCCAGACCGCCCCUUGCCCCGCCCCAGCCCCUCGCACGUGAUGCCCAGCCUCUCCGGGUCCCUCCAGGUGCCCUUCCUGGACUCCCUGGUCGCCCUCACCCCUCCGGAGCCCCCCCGGGAGGAGCUGGAGUGGAAGCAGGUGGUGGACGUGCUGUGGAGUGACCCCAAGCCCCAGGAGGGGUGCAGUCCCAACACCUUCAGGGGAGGCGGCUGCUACUUUGGGCCAGACGUGACCCAGCGCCUGCUGGACAGACACGGCCUGACUCUGCUCAUACGCUCCCACGAGUGUAAACAGGAGGGCUACGAACUGUGUCACCACGGAAAGGUGAUCACCAUCUUCUCAGCGUCUAACUACUAUGAGGAGGGCAGUAACCGUGGUGCCUACAUUAAGCUGGGCUCAGAACUGGUGCCGCGCUUCUACCAGUACCAGGUCAGCCGAUCCACCCGGAAACUCACGCUCACACAGAGGGUGAGUGUAGCAGAGGGGUCAGCUCUGAAGGCUCUGCAGGAGAAGCUGUUUACUCAUCGGUCAGAGCUCAUGGCUGGGUUUCAGCAGUAUGACCUGAACAACACUGGCUGCGUCUCCAUCAGCGAGUGGGCCCAGGUGGUGGAGGCCGUCCUGAGGCUGGACCUCCCCUGGAGGACCCUGCGCCCGCGCCUCGCCCGCCUGGCACCAGAUGGCAGCGUGGAGUACCAGUCCUGCUUCCAGGACAUGGACCUGGGCCAGCCACUCCCCAGGGUGACCCCCGGCCUGGCGGAGACCCUGUACAGAUACAGGACAGACCUGGAGAUCAUCUUCAACAUCAUAGACAAAGAUCAGUCAGGUCUAAUCUCCAUCGAGGAGUUCCGUCAAACCUGGCGCCUGUUCAGCACCCACCUGGGCGUCGCCGUGGACAACACUGCCAUCGAUGAGCUGGCAAGGAGCAUCGACUUCAACAAAGACGGCAGCAUCGACUUCAACGAGUUCCUGGAGGCUUUCAGGGUGGUGCACAAGUAGCAGAGCUGAGAGGGAUGGAGGGAGGGGAGCUCCACUGAUCCACCUGUGAGGUCCUGACUGGACAAGACUUGCCUCAGGGACACACACACAUUCUCUAUAAACCCUCAUGUAAACACAGACAGGAUGUCUCAUACACCGGAGAGUGUCUGGAAAGACUUUCCGGAGAAUUCUGUACCUUUCGGGAGCAUUUGGGGAAACAUGAGGAUUCUGGCGUUUUCUACAGCCACGCGCUGGGGGUGCCUGGGCUUGUAAAGCUGUUCCCUUGCCCCGCCCCAGCCCCUCGCACGUGAUGCCCAGCCUCUCCGGGUCCCUCCAGGUGCCCUUCCUGGACUCCCUGGUCGCCCUCACCCCUCCGGAGC